ACUGCCUCCCUGAUCACCACGAAAUCCAACCACCAUCGUCACAAUGCCCCUCGUAGACCCUGUGACAAUGUCGUCGGCCCUUGCAAAGGGCUCCUCCUCGCGAUUCGCCGCGCCGUCCAAAAACGACAUGACUGCAGCAUCGCAAUCAACAGCAACAGCAACACCGCUGCUGCACCCAAUCCAGAUCAAGCCGAACCCCCUGGCCCAAAGCGCACGGCACGCCUUUCCCGCCCUCCUCGCCGGCCUCUUUGUCGUGCGUUUCCGCGCCCUCGUCGCCGACCCCGUCUGGGCCAUGGCAACUACUCUCAUGCUGUCCGCGGUUCUACAGGUCGCAUACGCCGUCAUCUGCCUGCCGCCCGCCGGGUCGUCGCAGGGCGGCGCAGCAAGGGCAGCGCGCAAGCCCCGGCCGGGGGAGAAGAAGCGGGUUGGGUUUGAGAGCGCCGCGGGGCCGAACGCGAUUGCUACCUCGCUCCUCUCCCUCAUCCUCUCCGGCCUAGUCACACCCUUCCUAUAUAUCUGCCUAGUGCUCUUCGGCGCGCCCUUCCUCACGCACACGGCGCACACUUUGCUCUGCGCGGCGCACCUCUCGGUGCUGGCUCUCUUCCCGCUGUUUUACGUGCACGGCGUCGACGCCGUGUCCUGGGCGGCCGUCGGCGGCUUCUCGGCGCCCUUGGACGAGACCUUUGGCGGCCUGGUCGGCGCGCUCGUCGGCGCCUGGCUCGGCGCCGUGCCCAUCCCCCUCGACUGGGACCGCGACUGGCAGAAGUGGCCUGUUACGAUUCUGUGUGGUCUCUACGCGGGCUAUCUGCUUGGGAGGGAGUUGGGGGGUAGCUCGUUGGUGUGGGGGAAGAGGUUCUGAGUAAUUGUAGAAGGUGUAUCUUUUUCUUCGAUGGGGGAGGGUGGAGGGAAGAGAUUACUGUAUAGUGAUACCCGGUUUCUUUGGAAUUGUUGGAUGAGGACCUAAAGUGUUGAACUGGACUCGGCGUAGUGUUCAUUAGAUGGACAACCUAAUCCAUAGACCACGGCACUGCUAUAGGAUCGAUUUCGGCGAGAUCCCCUGACCCCCUACUCAAUCUCAACAUCAAUAUGUAGCUGUUAUGAACUCAUGACGCC